GCUGUCGCUUCGAUGUCGUUUUCCCUGCCAUUAUGGACCACUGGCGAAAUAGUGCCCCGCAUUUUUCCACGGGCAAAACCAACCGUCUCGCAUCCACAUAUGGCAUAAUCUAAGGCGGCGCCCAUAUCGCCAAACGUGUCGUGCCAAGGUUUCCCGGACCCUGGUCUGCGUCCACGAUGUCAACACCACCCACUGUCGCAGUUAUAGGUACCUGCGACACCAAGUUAGAGGUUCUUCUCUUCUUGAAGCGUGCCGUUCAGUCUACUGCUGUCUGCGAUGCUAUCUUAAUUGAUAUCGGGUCCUAUGAUCCAUCUGAUUUGCGGGACAUUGACAUUCCCCGCUCAGAUGUGCUGAGGGAACAUGCAACCACUGUCCAUGAUACGCCAUCCCGCAGAGAAGCCCUGGAGACUAUCACUAUCGCCUUAACGCAGCUCCUGGCACGUCUACACUCAACCCAGAGUAUAGCAGGGGUCAUCGGAGCAGGGGGCUCGGGUAAUACGAGCGUUUGCACAAAAGCGUUCCGAGACGCCCUACCCGUCGGUUUUCCCAAGCUGAUGGUGUCCACCAUGGCGUCGGGGAACGUUUCCCACUAUGUGGGUGAAACAGAUAUCACAAUGAUGUACUCUGUUGUCGACGUCGCCGGCAUAAAUCCAAUACUAGAAGUCAUCCUAGGAAACGCAGCGGGUGCCAUAUCAGGGAUGGCAAAGCGUUCUCUUAAUCGUGCGGAUUUGAAGUCAUCACGCCCGACCAUUGCAGUCAGCAUGUUUGGCUUGACCACUCCAUGUGUGCAGGUAGCUACCCAGAAGCUGGAGGAGCUGGGAUACUCUGUAAUCGCGUUCCAUGCCACAGGUGCUGGGGGCUUAGCAAUGGAGAGACUCAUCCGCGAGGGUUAUUUUGUUGGGGUCCUCGACAUCACCACUACUGAGCUUGCAGACGAGCUAGUAGGUGGCGUACUCACCGCUGGUCCUCAUCGCCUCGAGGCAGCAGCGAAGUGUGGUAUCCCUCAGGUGGUGUCAGUGGGAGCCUUGGAUAUGGUAAACUUCGGACCAGCGGACACUAUUCCGAAACAGUUCCAGGGGCGACUGUUCCACCAUCACAACUCAGCAGUCACUCUGAUGCGCACCUCCCGCGAGGAAUGCUCAAAGCUCGGUCAGAUCAUGGUAGAAAAGUUAAAGGGAGCGCCCACCAAUAAGACACGCGUUAUCUUACCCUUGCGAGGUCUCUCCGGUAUCGGCAAAGACAACGGACCGUUUUGCGAUGCUGAGGCGGAUGGUGCUCUGCUGGAUGCACUGAGGAGUGGUCUGCAGUGCCCAGUGGAAGAGCUUGAUGUGGAUAUCAACGACCCCUCUUUCGCAUUGAUGUUAGCCAAGGCGUUGCAUGAGCUAUUGCAGGCGAACGGACAAUAGGGGAAAUAGCAAUGAAAUUCUCGACUUCUGUAAUACCAGUGUAGCAUAGAUAGGGAAUAGCAGGCAAAACAGUUACAAUGUAGCGAACAAGCGGAUAUCCACGUCCAUUCAAAGUCCCAUGUCCAUGGCCGUUGUACAGCUGCAGUGUAAGUAGCGAUGAUGACAGCAUAUCCGG